CGAUCAGUCGAGUGGGGUCUCGAAAGAGCAAAAAUUUCGAUCUUCGAUGUCUUCGAGAGGCGCACUUCCGCUUUUCGGAUUUUUUCUUUCUUCUUCAUCACCCGGGAGCCAUCUUAGCGGCGUGUGGGCUAGUUGUAAAGCUUCAAGAUGACUUCCCAUCUCUCAUGGAUGAUUGUUCGCAACAACAGCGCUUUCUUGUUGAAGAAGCGCAACCUCAGCAAGCCCUUCAGCACUGAGCCCAACAAUUUGUUAAACCUGAACUCGUACAGAUACAAUGGACUCGUGCACAAGAAGAGUGUUGGCAUCGUUCCUGCUGCUGACAAGAAGGGCUUCACUGUUGUGUACAAGAAGGCUAAGGCCAGUCACAAGCCCGCCAAGGCUACCAUCAAGAGGACACUCAAGUCUGGACCCCGCCGGUCUCUGACCAAGUUGAGGAGAUUGAUCCAUGCCAACCACUACCGCCGGGAUCUUCUCAAGGCUGCCCUCCGCAGGGCUAGUGCUGUUCUGAAGUCUCAGAAGAAGCCUGUUACAUCAAGGAAGGCACGUGCCAAGAAGGCAGAGUAAUUUAAUAAAAUUUCUUUCACUUA